AUGAAAUGUGUUUUCUUAGGAUAUCCUAAUGGUGUUAAAGGUUAUAGAUUGUGGCUUAGAAGUGUACCCGGCUUUAAGGUCGUAAUAAGUCGUGAUGUUGUGUUCAAUGAAUCUGAAAUGCCAUGUUUAAUUGCUUCUUUGCCUGCUCCUUUACCUGAUGAAUCUGAAAAUGCUCCAAACGCGGUGGAGCAAUUGAGUGGUUUAAGUGAGUUCGAUAAUUUUGAAAAUAUACAUGCUGAAACUGAAACCGAACGUGCUGUGUUUGAUAAUCGACAUGCUGAAAUUGCUGAAAUUGAACCUGUAAUUGCUGAAACUGAAAAUCAGCAUGCUGAAAAUGGUGAAAAUGUCGAUGUGCAUGAUGAAUAUGUGGAAAAUGUGCCUGAAAAUGACUUUGAUUUGCAUGAUUAUCAACUUGCUAGAGAUAGGACUAGAAGGGAGCGUAAGAAACCUUCUAAGUUUGAUGAUUUUCACAUGACUUCAUAUGCUUUUGGUGUUUUCGAAUCCAUUGAUAAUUGUGAGCCUAAGUGUUAUGAGGAAGCUCUUAAAUCUGUGAAUUCUUUGCAAUGGAUGAAUGCUAUGUGUGAAGAAAUUAAUUCGUUGCAUGUGAAUCAUACUUGGUCGCUUGUGCCUAAACCUGGCAAUGAUGAAAGUCCUCCGGCCCCUCAAGGUGUCCGGCCGAUAUCCGCCGACCCGAGCCAGCGAACCGGACGCCGCGACCAGGCCGAGCUCCGCCUCGACCAGCCCAGAGACACGCGACACGGCCUGCGCCUCGACGCGACCCGACCAGCCUCGGCGAUCCGAACCAGCGACGACCCGACAGCCCACACGACCCGACGACCCGAUCACACUUGA